GAGGCCUGGACUGCGGCCCCCGCCCCUCCGGGCUGCGCUGCCCCACAGAGCACGCUCCAGUCCCCUGGGCAGGCCUGCCCGAGAGGAGCUGCCCCCACGCCGCCGCCAGCCCCACUCAGGCCACCUGCCAGCACAGGGACCCCCAGGAUCCCCAGGAGCCCAGCUUGUCUGCGGGAGUUCCCAGCUGGGCAGGAGAGGCCCACGGGGCAUGCCGAGUCCUCCGUGCUGGGGCCACCCCCGUCAUGGAAGGUCCAGAGGAGGCGGCCGCUGAAGAGCCCGUCCCGAAGGGGAGGGGGCCAGCGUGGGCCUCAAGAGGCGGCGGCAGCAGCGAUGGCCAUGUCCGGAGGGUGACCGUGAGUGCACACGCGGGCUUGGACCAAGCCGGACCUGUGGGGGCCGAGGCUGCUGUCAGAAGCGGCGCUGCUCCGGCCCCUGGCGUCUCCCCCCCGGCAGCAGGGACCCCUCCGGGCCAGAUGGGAGUGUACCCCACAGACCUGACCCUGCGGCUGCUGGCCUUGCGGAGGAAGAGCGGGCAGCCCGAUGCCCGCCUGCAGCAGGCCCUGCGGGCCCGGCUCCGCCUGCUGGAGAACGAGAGCCAGGAGGUGGCCCGGGUCCUGGGGGAGCUGUCGGCCCGGCUGCUGUCCAUCCACAGUGACCAGGACCAGAUUGUGGUGACCUUUAAGACGUUUGAGGAGAUCUGGAAGUUUUCCACCUACCAUGCUCUUGGCUUCACGCACCACUGCCUGGAGAACCUGCUGGUGGACCAGGCCUUCUGGCUGCUGCCGCCGGGCGAGGACGAGGAGACGGACAUCCGGGUGCACGUGGACGAGGCGACGCUGCGGCUGACGCACGAGAGCCUCCUGGUCCAGGAAGGGCCUUUCUUUGUCCGGGGCGAGGACCAUCACGUGAGAGUGACGACUGGUUCCCUCAGGCGGCCUUCGGGGCUUCCCCAGGGAGAGGCGUCCCUGGCAGAGGACAGGCCGACUCGCAGCCCCAGCAGCCCCACCGAGGAGGCAGCCCCCGUGGAGCCUUUGACUCCGUUUCACCAGUGGGCUCUCAGGGCACCCGAGGGCCUGGGCGACGACUCCGUGGCAGGGCCCGUGGCCCCGGAGCAGGCGCUGAUGGCCACGGGCCUGGCCUCGGCGGUGGCAGACUGCGAGGGCUCGGGCCCCGAAGAAAUGAGCUUCCGGGCUGGCGACCACAUCGAGAUCCUUGGCGCCCGGGUGCCUGGCCUGCCCUGGUGUGUGGGCCGUCACGUGGCCUCGGGCAGGGCAGGCUUCGUGCCCUCAGGAGCCAUCAGCGUGCAGGGACAGGAGUCGGCGUCGGAAGACGUGAUUUUCCUCACUGAGGACGAGAGGGCGUUCUUCGGCAGCGAGGGGCGCUUCUCCGAGGAGGAGGCCAGGCGGCUGCUGAGGAGGACGUCGGGCUCGGACGCCUGCACCCAGUACAGCCUGGACCGACUAGCGGACGCUGGGCUGGAGGGGCCAGAGGGGCCGGAUGAGCAAGAAAUUCCUUUACUUGGUGUGAACCCGGAGCCCCGGCAGACCCUGCAGAAGGUGAAGAAUGUCCUAGAACAAUGCAAAUCCUGCCAGGGCUGCCCCACAGAGCCCGUGUCCUGGGGACUGCACAGAGCAUCCAGAAGCCCCAGCUCGCUGGGCCCAGAGGAGCCGGUCAUCUACCUGGAUGCCGAGGACGCCUGGGACGACCCAGAAGCCCUGGACCCACUGCUGCUGCUCCUGGACGCUCCGGGGUACCAGGCCUGCUUCCGAGGCCUGUACGACCUGUCCCUGCAGGGGCCGAGCAGCCUGUUCCGCGGCUUCAGCAACGAGGACCAGCUGGCCGGGUGCCUGGCACAGGUCCGGGGAGUGGCCAAGAGGGCCGGCCUCCCCAUGGCGCUGGCCAGGCUCUGCUUUGUGCUGGGGCAGCUGUGCGCGCGCAAGCUCAAGCUGUCCCAGGCCCGGGUGUACUUCGAGGAAGCCCUGAGCACCCUGGGAGGUCACUUCGACGACCUCUUCCUGGUGACAGCCGUGUACACCAGCCUGGCCGCCGUCCACCUGAAGCAGAAGAACAGGGACAAGUAUGCGCAGGUGGUGCCCAAGGCCCUGGCCCUGCUGCUGGGCGCGCCAGGGCUGCUGUGCAGCUCCGAGGCCGAGGCAGAGCUCCUAAGGCACGGCCUGCGGGGAGCCAUCCGCAGCUGGAGCCCGCCGGCUGAGGCGCGGGCCUGCUUCCUGCUGGCCCGGCACCACAUCUGCCUCAAGCAGCCCGCGGAGGCCCUGCCCUUUCUGGAGAGGCUGCUGCUCCUGCAGGGGCCCACGGGCGCUGCCUGGCCGGCCGACUGCUACCUGCUGCUGGCGGACGUGUACAGCCACAAGUGCCUGCCGCACCUGGCGCUGAGCUGCGUGAAGGUGGCCUCACGCCGGGCACAGAGCUCACUGGCUAGUGCGUUCAGGAGCAUGGACCUGGUGCUGCGCCACACGCCCCGGCUGCAUGGCCUCCCCGCCCAGAUCGCCCGCUACCUCAGGCAGGCGCUGGCCACAGGUGUGGGCCCCACCCUGCGUGGGCCCCUCUAUGCCAGCCUGGCCCAGCUGCACAGUCACCACGGGCAGCACGGCCGGGCCAUUGCCUUCAUGACACAGGCCCUGGACGCCGAGGCCAGGGCCGGCAGCCACUCUGCCGUGGACUGCCUGGUGGCCCUCGCCUGGCUGCACAUGCUCCAUGGGCAGAGCUGGGUGGCCCUGGACAUCCUGGAGUCCACCCUGGAUGCGGCAGUGGCCAGUGUGGACCAGGAAGGCGUGAUCGCCAAUAUGGCAGCCAUCGCCCUGAGGAGAACCGGCAGGACCCGGCAGGCGGCCGAGGGCUACUACCGCGCCCUGCGUGUUGCCAGGCUCCAGGGCCAGCCGCGGAACCAGGCGGUGGUCCUGGCCAACCUGGGGGCCCUGUGUCUGCGGGCGGGUGCCGGCCGGCUGGCCCAGCACUACUUCUUGGAGGCUGUGAGGCUGUUCGCGCAGCUGCCCAGCGGGGAGCGCGGCCCCGACUUCACGCAGGUGCUGCUGCAGCUGGGCCACCUGUGCACCCGCAAGGCCCUGGCCCGGCAGGCCGAGUGCUACUACCAGUGGGCCUUCCUGGUCGCUGUGGAGACCGGCCACCUGGAGAGCCAGCUGCUCGCCAUCCAGCAGCUUUGUCACUUCUAUACGGCCAUCAUGCCUAGCAAGGCCCAGUGCGUCGUCUACCACGAGUUCCAGCUCUCGCUGGCCCGCAGGGUGGCCGACAAGGUGCUGGAGGGUCAGCUCCUGGAAACCAUCAGCCGCCUCUACCUGUCCCUGGGCACCGAGCGGGCCUACAAGUCCGCGCUGGACUACACCAAGCGCAGCCUGGGCAUCUUCAUCGACCUGCAGAAGAAGGAGAAGGAGGCGUACGCCUGGCUGCAGGCUGGCAAGAUCUACUACAUCCUGCAGCAGAGGGAGCUGGUGGACAUGUACAUCCAGGUGGCUCAGAAUGCGGCCCUGUACACGGGGGACCCCAACCUGGGGCUGGGGCUGUUCGAGGCGGCCGGGGACAUCUUCUUCAACGGGAGCCGGGAGCGGGAGAAAGCCGUGUCCUUCUACCGGGACCGGGCGCUGCCGCUGGCCGUGACCACGGGGAACCAGGAGGCCGAGCUGCGGCUGUGCAACAAGCUGGCGGCGCUGCUGGUGGAGCUGGAGGCACCGCACGAAGGCCUGGAGUUUGCCCACGUGGCCCUGGCACUCAGCAUCACCCUGGGGCACCGGCUGAACGAGCGUGUGGCCUGUCACCGGCUGGCCGAACUGCACCACCGGCUGGGCCAGGCCGAGCUGGCCGAGCACUUCUACCUCAAGGCGCUGUCGCUCUGCAGCUCGCCGCUGGAGUUCGGCGAGGAGACCCUGUACUACGUGAGGGUGUACCUGGUGCUGGGCGACAUCAUCUUCUACGACCUGAAGGACCCCUUCGACGCGGCCGGGUACUACCAGCUGGCGCUGGCGGCGGCUGUGGACCUGGGCAACAAGAAGGCGCAGAUGAAGAUCUACUCCCGCCUGGCCACCAUCUACCACAAGUUCCUGCUGGACCGCGAGCAGUCCCUCUUCUUCUACCAGAAGGCCAGGGCCUUCGCCACCGAGCUCAGCGGCCGCCGGGGCAAGCCGGUCCCUGAGCAGUACUGCAGGCGGAUGCCCUGGCUGGCCCCCGCCCAGCGGCCCUGAGCGUCCCGGGCGGAUGUCCUCGGGGGGGAGCCCCCGCAGCAGGGGUCAGACCGCAAGAAAUGGUUUGGCGGGAACCACGGAAGGCCGAGGCUGACCUCCCGGGGGCUGCCCACGGUCCCCAACCCCAGACGCCUACCUGUCAGAGCGGGAGGGCCCUGGGCAUCGACCGCUCCCUGCGCCCUCCCUGCGCCCGCCUUCAGCCCUCAGGCCACCCCAGCAGAUUGGGUGCAUCUGUCUGGGUUUGCAGUGGAAGAGAUGGAGGCACAGAGAGGCCAGGGCCGUGCCCGCGGUCAGCAGCAGGUGGGCAGAGCUCCUGAGCCGGGUCCCCACCCCAGCCUCCGCCUCCCCGCAAGCAGGCAGGGGCAGGAGCCCAGGGCAGGGCCCAGACGGCCGGGAAGGGAAGCCGAAGCGAGGAGGAGCUGCGGGCACCACCUCAGCUGUUCUGAGCGCCUCCUUUUCUCUUCAGUUUUUGUUGUUGUUGUUAAUAAGGUGAAAUUCACGCAACAUAAAAUUUACCAUUUAAACGCAUUUUUGUGCAUUUAUGAUGCGAUGCACCCACCACCUCCGUCUAGGUCCAGAACACUUGCCUCACCCCAGAGAAG